UAAACCUACUCUGGUUUAAUUCUUUGUUCAUGCUUAUUAAUGAGAAUAACAUGAACACGUGCACAUAUAUUGUACACACCUUAUCACUCAUUUAUAUCAUGAAAUUGAUAUUAAUAUUUGGAAUUAAAAUAUACCGAAAAUUGCCUAGAUUUCUAACAAUCCAAAAACCUAAUUUUGUUAAUAGGCUUUCGGUAUCUAGCUUUGCUGCAUCAAUCAAACCACCACCAUUUGAUGGUUCAAAUUACAAACGUUGGCAAGAGCGGCUUAUACUAUGGUUAACACUAUCGAGAGUGAUCCAUGUGAAAGAGGGUAAGCCUGAAUAAUUCUCUCCAGAGGAAGAGAGUGCGUUCAAUGAGGCUGAUAUCCUCUUUCGAGGCUUGAUCAUUAGUGUUCUCGGUGAUAACCUGGUGGAUUCUUAUAUCCGGCUGCCAACUGGCAAAGCAUUGUGGGAUGCUCUUGAGGCUCAAUAUGGAGUAUCUGACGCCGGGAGUGAGUUGUAUAUCAUGGAGCAGUUCCUUGAGUACAGGAUGGUCGAAGACCGUUCUGUAGUGGAACAGGCUCAUGAAAUACAUACUCUGGCAAAAGAUCUCAAAAAUUGCAGCAAAGAGUCCCCAUGUGUGUUACCCAAUAAGUUUGUGGCCGGAGGUAUAAUCUCUAAGCUGCCACCUUCUUGGAGGGACUUUGCUACUUCUCUAAAACACAAGAGACAGGAGUUCACAAUAGAUGGACUCAUAGGGACUCUUGAUGUUGAGGAGAAGGCGAGAGCAAAGGACAUACGUGGGAAAGGAGUUGUUGGUGCUUCAAGUGCCAAUCUUGUUCAGAAGAACAACUCCCACAAGAACAAGAAAAAGCCACCGCAGAACCAACCAAAGACUAAGAAGACAACCACUUUUAAGAAGAAGAAGAAGACGGGAGCUUGCUAUGUGUGCGGUAGUACGGAUCACUUUGCUGCAAAGUGUCCGAACCGCAAAGGCAACGACUCCGCCAACAUGGUUAUUAGCGAGCCUGGAGGAACAUCGGGACCGGCGGGACUUCCUCCUUGCUGAUGGGGAACGGAUCGCAUGCGCGUGUUCUUGGUGUU